AUGGCCUCCGUCUCCGAGCUCACCUGCAUCUACUCGGCCCUCAUCCUGCACGACGAUGAGGUGACAGUCACAGAGGAUAAGAUCAAUGCCCUCAUUAAAGCAACGGGUAUAAAUGCUGCACCUUUCUGGGCAGGCUUGUUUGCAACGGCUCUGGCCAAUGUCAACAUCGGGAGCCUCAUCUGCAAUGUCAGGACUGGUGGACCUGACCCAGCGGCUGGUGCUGCACCAGCAGGAGGUCCUGCCCCCUUCACCACUGCUGCCCCAGCUAAAAAUGAUAAGGAGAGAUCCAUACGUGAAAUGUGA